CACAAACAUUAAAAUUCAUGGAACUUCUUAAAUGUUAAAUUGCAGAAAUACUUUUCAAGGUAAGAUAUAAACCCUGUUGCCAAUAAAAAGGUUUUCUGAUGGGGUGUAAUUUAAAUGUUUUAUCUUUUUAAGGCACAAACAUUUUUUAUCUGUAUUUAUGAUGUUAAAUUAUGGGACAAAUAUGUGGUUGAUACGAAAAUGUUUCUUACAUUUUCCAAUUACUAAACCAAUAAAUACUAAAAAUGUUAAAUGAUUUAAAAACCCUGAUAUAUCUAAUUACAGAAAUAUAAAGUAAAUAUUUAUAAGGUAAAAUUAUCCAAAACAUUAUCCAAAACAUUUUUAUAUAACAUAAACCUACAUUCACACAGCUUUUUCAAACUCAGCUUUUGAAGAAAUAUGACAAUUUUUAAUAAGAACUAUGCAUUUCCUUCACAACAUAAGUGCUGCUACAAGUAUGAACACGCACCAACUGGCUGCGCUGGUACGCGUGUGAAAACCCCUCCCCUGUGUGUUGGACAGCGGCUGAGGCGGAACACACACACACACACACACACACACACACACACACACACACACACACACACACACACACACACACACACACACACACACACACUGACAGCACACAGAAACCUGACCACUGAAGGAGAUGGAGUUCAGAUGAGCGCAGCUCUGCUUUGGUCACCGUGGAUUUCUGCGCUUCCUUCUUUUCCCGCCACCAGUGGAAACAUGUGGACGCACGCGAGCCUGUUGGCCUGUCUGCUGCUGCUUUUCUGUCAGGACGCGUCCUCACAGAGCAAGAUUUUUGGGGACACCGAGCCCGUCCGGAUGACAUCAGAAGGCUCUGACUGCCGCUGCAAGUGCAUCAUGCGGCCUCUGAGUAAGGAUGCCUGCCUGCGGCUGCGGAGCGGCAGCGUGCGUGUAGAAGACUUCUACACAGUCGAAACAGUCAGCUCUGGAUCAGACUGUAAGUGCUCGUGCACAGCUCCCCCGUCCUCUCUCAACCCAUGUGAGAAUGAGUGGAAGAUGGAGAAGCUGAAGAAACAAGCUCCUGAAUUAUUAAAGCUCCAAUCGAUGGUGGACCUCCUGGAGGGGACCCUCUACAGCAUGGAUCUACUGAAAAUCCACUCCUACAUCAACAAGGUGGUCUCUCAGAUGAACACACUAGAGGAGACAAUCAAGACCAACCUUACACGAGAAAAUGAGUUUGUCCGGGACAGCAUGAUGAGCCUCACCAACCAGUUUAAGCGAUAUGAAAACUACUCUAACGUUAUGAUGAGCAUCAAGAAGGAGAUCUCCAGCCUCAGUCUGCAGCUGCUGCAGAAAGACUCCUCAGAGAACAAAGCCCAGGACACUCGAGAUGUGAAAACUAAGACGUUAAAAUUACCGAACAAAAAGCCCCCUGCUGCCAACUCCCCAUCCAAGCCAGCCAAAGAAAAGGCAGUGAAGCCCAAGAAAGAGAUUAUUAAACCAGGGAAACCAGUGAAGCCCGACCCAACAGUGAGAACUAAGGUGGUCAGUCACCAGCCUGGCGUGGUGAAGAGCAUGACGUACUACAAGGCCUCUAAAACUGAUGAAGACCAGCACAGAGGAGACCACUCAGAUAAAACCACCUCAGUGGAACAUGUCACAGAAAACCAGUCUGAGGAUGGAGGAGCUGAAAUGAUCCUAGAAACUGUGGAGACCACUGAGACCGAGCCUGUCGACAACACUGCAGCUCCCACCACCUCUGCUGCCAGCAGCACCACCACAACCAGGAGAAGCACAACCACCACCACUGCUGAGACCACCACCACCACCACCACCCAAAGCACACCAGUGUCCGAAAGACCGGCUCCAACCAUUAUGCUGGUGCUGGACAACUCCAACAACAACAGUCGACCCAGUCUCCAUAGAGCAGGGAAGAUCCUUAACUGUGAGGGGACUCUGGCUUCCAUUGAGCAGCCAGUAAAACAGCACAGUUAUGGGCGCAAUGAGGGAGCCUGGAUGAAGGAUCCUCUGGCUAAGGACUCCAAGAUCUACGUGACUAAUUAUUACUAUGGCAACAAUCUUGUGGAGUUCCGCAAUCUGGACAACUUUAGGCAAGGGCGUUGGAGUAACCUUUACAAACUGCCUUACAACUGGAUUGGCACUGGCCAUGUGGUUUACAAUGGAGCUUUCUACUACAACAGAGCUUUUACUAAGAACGUCAUCAAAUAUGACCUGAAGAUGCGAUAUGUGGCUGCCUGGACACUGCUGCAUGACGUGGUUUAUGAGGAGACCACCCCAUGGAAGUGGAGGGGCCACUCCGACAUUGAUUUUGCAGUGGAUGAAAGUGGCUUGUGGGUGAUAUAUCCUUCCAUGGACUACGACUACAGCCAACAAGAGGUAAUGGUAAUCAGUAAAAUGGAUCCUGGAGACCUGUCCUUGAAGAAGGAAACCACCUACAGGACGGGUCUCAAGCGGAAAUCGUACGGAAACUGCUUCAUUAUCUGUGGUGUCUUGUAUGCUGUUGACGUGUACAAUCAGAAAGAUGGAGAGGUGAACUAUGCCUAUGACACCCACACAAGUACUGAAGCAAUCCCACGCUUGCCUUUCACCAAUGAGUACUCUUUCACCACACAGGUUGACUACAACCCUAAAGAAAAACUCUUGUACGCCUGGGACAAUGGCCAUCAGGUUACAUACCGUGUAAAUUUUGUUGACGAGUAAGCACAUUUAGCUUGUACUACAGAUAAGCUCUCAGUAGGCCUGCCACAGUACAGCAUCUAAUGAGAACACUCAGUAUUUGCCAGUCUUAAAGCCACUAUUAUUAGACUCAGGAGGGGGAAUAAUGACAUUUUACAAUCCUUCCAGUACCACUGUCUGAUCCUCAAAUAGUUGUAAUAAAUAUGCAUGUAUUUUAAA